AUGGCAGAGGUGAUCUUGCAUGAAGUUCGUAAAGGUCUCAAAGUUGUCGCAGUGUAUUAUGGUCACCCUGGCGUAUUUGUCCUUCCCAGUCACCGUGCAGUUCAAAUCGCCCGGAAACAAGGUCUUCGUGCGUUCCUAGUUCCAGCUGUCUCUGCAUUAGAUUGUCUUGUUGCCGACGUGGAUUUUGAUCCUUCGUUUCCCGGGCUCCAAAUUCUCGAAGCGACUGACAUGCUGUUACGCAAACGACCAAUCCUCACAGAUCGCCACGUGGUUAUUUGGCAAGUUGGUUGCGUCGGUAACCCUGGUUACCGUCGUCAAGGCUACUUGAAGGAGAAUUUUGCUGUCUUACUUGAUUACCUCGAAGAUUUUUAUAGUCCUGAUGAAGAAAUUAUCCAUUACAUCGGAUCCCAGUUUCCUACAGUGAGUCCCGUGAUCGAUCGCAUUCCUUUGAGUCAGUUUCGUUCCCCGGUGGUUUCCAAGCAAGUGACUGGCAUAUCAACAUUCUACAUUGCUCCGAAAGACUUUGUAUCGUACGAUACCGACAUGGCCCAAAGCAUAGGAUUGCUGACCAAACCGUUAUCAAAAACAACCAAACCAUUGCGUUCCCGUUCGUAUGAUAUGUAUGAAGGAAAGGAACGAGAAGCCAUGAAAGGCAUGGGAAAUUUUGAAGUCCCUAAAGCAUUUGCGUUCACACCGUUAACAGCCGCAUCCAACUACAUCGAAGAACUUAGUCUAAAUCCUCACAAGCUGCAGCAACAUUUAAAAGAUCCAAAAAAAGAGAUUAGCAAGCAUCCCCAAAUUCCGGCAAGCGACGCGAAGCUGUUAGCCAGUGGUCUCCGUGGUCGUGUUCGAGCGGCAGCUGCACCCAACGCCACCUCUGCUGCAGAGAAAUGUGCAAUAAGAAUCUUAACUGAUACAGCAUUCGCACACGCAUACAAAAAUGAAAUGAAGAAGUUACGGGCAGACCUUGAUGCUGACAAGAAACUUACCCAAUGGCUACAACUUCAUGGCUACAAUACAAACCCAAAAGAUGUUCAAGCGGCGUUGGAAAAUCUUCAGAAAACAACACUUCUGCCAUGGACCAACGUGUACAAAUCAUCGAUUGGCACACUUGUCAUUCAUGGCGUCGCGCCCCCCGGAAAAAGCAGUGUGAUGUGGAACGACAUUCCAAUUAACGAGUUCACGAUGGAAGAUUCUGUACUGAAGUGGAUAGCGGGUGAUCACAACGAUUCAAGUGGUAUCAUUACCUUUAGCGUUCAGAACGAUUUGCAAGUUGCUGUGGGAAAAAUCUGGCCAAAGAAUGCAAAAUCACCAAGUGCAAAUAACUUCGAUGGAACAACGUCAGAUUUCCGCUCUCCAAUGCAAUUCUGGGAAGGGCGGUACAAGACUGUCGUGAAAUCGGGUAGCAAGGCAACCACCGGAAACGAAUUGCAAAUUACAUUUCCUGUAAAGACUGGGAAAGUAGCCAUGGGAGGAAAAGAAAUAUCACCGUUUAGCUUUGAUAAAACAACGUUGUCCUGGUCAAACGGCAAGAUAACAUUUUACGUACAAACGAAAACAGCCAGUAACCCGUCAAUUGCCAAGUUCUAUGGUAAAUUGUGGGACGAGGGUCGAACCGAGCCGACCGCCACAAACUUUUGGGGAACUUUCGACGAGCUGUACUUGAAACCGUGGGCUGGAGUUUACAAGUCUUACGUCGACAAAUCUGGUGCAGCAGAAUUCAUUGUUCGACCAGGCACUGCAAUUCAGACUCCCUUUAUAAGUUUUGGGGAAUCAAUUAAAGAAUGGCAAUUUAAUAAUCCCGUCAUUUCCUGGUCAACUGCAAAUGGCAAUGCCAACAACGCAGAGCUAACGUUCCUAACGUAUAACGACGGAAGUCGUGGCUUCUCUGGCAAGAUUUGGCUUGACGGUUCCGGGAAACCCAAGAAAUACAACGCCAGCGGACUGAUUGACAAAACGUACUUAACAUCUUGGUCUGCAACAUACUACACGAAGACUCUUAAACCCGGCAGUGCAAGCAAAACGGUUGAGAGUGACCUACUGCAGGUAAUUGGGGGAAAAGAAAUGAAGAGUAGCAGUGUUAUACUUCAAGGAGUUGAAGUGCAAAAGUGGAAUUUCUCUGGUUCGAAGAAGGUCUUAUCCUGGAAAGAGAGCGAUAACAACAGCAACGCAACCAUCACGUUUUAUGUCAGUAAAGUAACAUCGUCCCAAGGGCCUGCCGUACAAUUCUAUGGGAAGUAUUGGAAAAAAGGAGAGAGUAAACCGGCAAAGACAAAUUGGUGGGGCAGUUUCCGAGCGCCUAGUCAGACUGGAGGUGGCAGUUCACAUCCAAGCAGCAAUUUUUGGAGUUUAAAGAACAUUGCGAAUAGUGUUGGCAUGGGUCUUCUUGUGUUUGGAAUCAUCGAGGCAUUGAGACGUGGUAUAACGUACUUGGCGAAGAAAGCUUAUGAUAAAUAUAAGGAGUCACAAAAGGAAGCUGACGAACUGGAUAAUGAGGAAUUGCAAGGGAGAGAAAACCAGGAAAAUGCUCAGGAACAACCUCAACCGCAAGACGACGAACCACAGCCUGAUCCUCCACCUAAUGACGACGCCCCCCCUGAUGAUGACGCUCCACCCGACGACGACGCUCCCCCUGACGAUGAUGCACCACCAGAUGAUGACGCCCCCCCUGAUGACGCCCCUCCAGAUGACGCCCCACCUAAUGAUUCACCACCUGACGAUGCCCCACCGGAUGACGCUCCACCUGACGAUGCUCCGCCCGAUGAUGAACCUCCCGAUGACGACGCUCCCCCCGAUGACGCUCCACCAGACGAUGUAGAUUUCGUCGAGGUUAUUUGA